UAAUACUGUGUGUGUGUGAGAGAGAGAGAAAGAGAGAGAGAGAGCGAGAAAGCAUCACUUUCCCAAGAAAUCUCACAAAUAAUAAUCCACUUAAUAAAUCUUGUUUACUCCGUUUUCAUCGUCACCGGUUAUUUCCAGCCUCCUUUUAUACAAUAACCGGUUUUAAAGGGUUUUUUUUCUGAUGGCUAAAUCUUGCCGGAAAAUAUGAAGAUUACAAGAAAAACGGAUCUACCGGCUGUCACAUCCUCCAAGAUUCAAACUUUCUCACCGGAUUCGGAUCUUUUACAAAAACCCAUUUCGAAAAAGCAACCAAGUCGGAGAAUCCGGAACUCCGGCGGCGGGGUGCGGCUGAAGAGGGACGGAGCUCCGGCGGCCGGAAAAAGGGGUUCCAGGCCGGAGACGCCGUUGCUCCGGUGGAAGUUUGUUGAGGGUAAGGAGGAACAUGAGGAUGUGAAGGAUGUUGAAGUUGAAAGUGAUAAACAGGUGGUGGUUGGUCGGAAAAGUGGCCGGAAAAUGAGGAGAGGUGGUGACGUGGCAACUGUGUCGGCGAGGAAGUUGGCUGCUGGGUUGUGGCGGUUGCAACCGCCGGAUGUUGGUGGUACCGGCGCCGGUGAGUUGUGUGGUGGUUCAAAGAAUAAUGGGUUUGUAUCUCAGCCCGUGAUCGAUCAUCCGGGGAUUCAUUCCCCUGCUCGACACAAUAGGAAGUCAUUUGAUUCUCAUAUGAAAGAAGUUCCACAAAGCCCGAAUUCUGUUACUGGCUCAAGGAGUAUGCUUCGUCACAAGCUUGAACCAACAUUCCAUUUUUCCAACUCUGCGAUGGAGGGUGCAACCAAGUGGGACCCGUAUUCAUGGAAAGCGUCAGAAGACGCAAAACGAAUCUAUGGUGAAUCAAAGCUUCUAGAAGAACAAGCUGGUGUAGUGUCGGUGCUUGAAUCAGAACUUGAAUCGGCCCGGGCCCGCAUUCAUGAUCUUGAAACGGAAAGACGAGCUUCAAAAAAGAAACUUGAACAAUUUUUAAAAAAGUUAAACGAAGAGCGUGCGGCGUGGCGGAGCCGUGAACACGAAAAGGUUCGUGCGGUUAUUGAUGAUGUAAAGUCGGAAUUAAGUCGAGAACGAAAAGGCCGGCAAAGAAUGGAGAUCGUGAAUUCGAAGUUAGUCAAUGAGUUAGCGGAUGCCAAAUUAUCAGCCAAACGGUACAUGCAAGAUUACGAAAAAGAAAGAAAAGCGAGAGAAUUAACGGAGGAAGUAUGUGAUGAAUUAGCUAAAGAAAUAGGUGAAGAUAGAGCAGAAGUCGAAGCGUUAAAACGGGAAUCUAUGAAAAUGAGAGAAGAAGUUGACGAUGAAAGAAAAAUGUUACAAAUGGCGGAAGUUUGGCGUGAAGAACGUGUUCAGCUGAAGCUCGUUGAUGCGAAAGUAACCCUCGAAGAAAAAUAUUCUCAAAUGAAUAAACUCAUAAAGGAUCUCGAAACUUUCUUGGGUUCAAAAAGAUCGGAUCUUGAUACAGAAGAGAUUAAAAGAGCCGAAACCCUUAAACAAUGCGCUAAUUCGGUCAAUAUUCAAGAAAUUACGGAGUUUAAAUACGAGCCCGCGGACCCAGAUGACAUAUAUGCGGUUUUUGAAGAGGUUAACUUCGAUGAAAUGAACGCGAAAGACAUUCAACAGUUUGACAAAAACGGUGGUAUCGUAGAAGAUGAAGACGAAGACGAAGACGAAGAUGACGAUGAAAGCGGGUGGGAAACAGUGAGUCAUGUUGAAGAUCAAGGGUCGAAUUAUUCACCCAACGGGAGUGAUCCGUCGGUCACGAGAAGCACCCGAAGAGAAUGGGAAGAAAACGACGGGACCACAGUAACCGAAAUAACCGAAGUGUGUUCCGCAACGAAUAAUAAAAAUCCCAAAAAAGGGUCUUCGAUUUCUCGUUUAUGGAGGUCGUCUUACUCGAGUAACGGUGAAAAUUGCAAGGUUAUAUCGGUGGAGGGGCGGUUAUCAAGCGGAACCCAUCUUUCAAACGGGACCCACCUAUCACCGGGCGGUAGCUCGGGGGUGAGCAUGUCGGAGUGGAGUUGUUCACCUGGGUCCGCUAGCAACACUCAUUAUACGAAAGGGAUGAAAGGGUGCAUAGAAUGGCCACGAGGAGCGAUGCAGAAACACAGUUUAAAAGCAAAACUAAUGGAAGCGAGGAUGGAAAGUCAAAAGGUACAGUUGCGACAAGUGUUGAAGCAGAAGAUAUGAUAAUGGCAAGAAAACACGAGUCGCGUGUUCUUGGAAUAAUGAUGGUCAAAAGGGGGUAUGAUUCGGGUCAAAAGGUUAGGGUUUGAGUCAAGUGUUGAAGCGGGAGAUAUGACGGUGAACAGGAAUAAAAAUGUAUGAUUCAUGUUCGUCUCGAAAUAACGAUUCUGGUGACCAAUUUUCAAUCUUGAACAUACAUUUUGCAGGGGAUUCAUUAGAUUAGAUUAUAUUCAUGUCAUGUUCAAGAAGAUGCAAACAUUGUUUUCUGUUGUAGGAUGUUAUAAAUUCAAUGCAAACUAUUUGAAAGAUAUGAUCAUUCAACUUCA